CCCAAUCUCAUUUCCACAACAACUAAAGACAGGACAGGACCUUGGUACAGCACCCGCUGUUUCUUAAAUCCUCGUUCUCCCUCUUCUCCCUCUCGUCCCUCCCUCCUCUCCCUCCUCGUUAUCAUCGCCACCGCCAUUCUCUCUCUCUCUCUCUCUCUCUCCGCCAUGCAGUCCCUCCACUCCCCGUCCCUCCGCGUCUCCCCCCUCGACCGGCUCCGCGCCGCCCCCCGCCGCCGCCGCCCGCCCCACGGGCGCGUCGCCGUCGCCGUCCCAGCCGUCGUCCGGGCCGCCGCAGCCGCCGGCGUGUCCGCGCCGAAGCGGGAGACGGACCCCAGGAAGCGGGUCGUCGUCACCGGGACUGGGCUCGUCUCCGUCUUCGGCAACGACGUCGACGCCUACUACGAGAAGCUGCUCGCCGGGGAGAGCGGGAUCGGCCCGAUCGACCGCUUCGACGCCUCCAAGUUCCCCACUCGCUUCGCCGGGCAGAUCCGCGGGUUCUCGUCGCAGGGGUACAUCGACGGGAAGAACGACCGGCGGCUCGACGAUUGCUUGCGCUACUGCAUUGUCGCCGGCAAGAAGGCGCUCGAGCAUGCUGAUCUCGGCGGCGAUAGGCUCUCCAAGAUCGAAAAGGAGCGAGCCGGUGUACUUGUUGGGACGGGUAUGGGUGGUUUGACUGUAUUCUCCGAUGGAGUACAGAAUCUAAUUGAGAAAGGUCACAGGAAGAUAACCCCCUUCUUUAUUCCUUAUGCCAUAACAAAUAUGGGAUCUGCCUUAAUUGCCAUUGAACUUGGUUUCAUGGGGCCAAAUUAUUCCAUCUCAACUGCAUGUGCCACUUCCAACUAUUGCUUUUAUGCUGCUGCCAAUCACAUCCGUCGGGGUGAGGCUGAUCUGAUGAUUGCUGGUGGAACUGAAGCUGCCAUUAUUCCCAUUGGCUUGGGUGGUUUCGUUGCGUGCAGAGCCUUGUCUCAGAGAAAUGAUGAUCCACAAACUGCAUCAAGGCCUUGGGAUAAAGAUCGCGAUGGUUUUGUCAUGGGUGAAGGAGCAGGACUUUUGGUAUUGGAGAGCUUGGAGCACGCAAUGAAAAGAGGUGCACCAAUUAUUGCUGAGUAUUUGGGAGGUGCAGUUAACUGUGAUGCUUAUCACAUGACUGAUCCAAGGGCUGAUGGACUUGGUGUUUCCUCUUGCAUUGAGAGGAGCCUUGAAGAUGCGGGGGUGUCGCCAGAGGAGGUUAACUACAUAAAUGCACAUGCAACCUCAACUCUUGCUGGGGACCUGGCCGAGAUUAAUGCCAUAAAAAAGGUGUUCAAAAAUACCUCAGAGAUCAAAAUAAAUGCAACCAAGUCUAUGAUUGGACACUGUCUUGGUGCUGCUGGAGGUUUGGAAGCUAUUGCCACAGUGAAAGCAAUCACAACAGGGUGGCUUCAUCCCUCUAUUAACCAAUUUAAUCCUGAGCCCUCUGUGGAUUUUGACACUGUCGCAAACAAGAAGCAACAGCAUGAAGUGAAUGUUGCCAUAUCAAACUCAUUCGGAUUUGGAGGACACAACUCUGUGGUGGCCUUCUCAGCAUUCAAGCCUUGAUUAUGUUGGAUUAUUGUUACGGGUAACCUGAGGAUUCAUCUCAUUCAUGGGAGAUCUCGGAAUUAAUUUCUCAUUGAGAGCUGCCUUAUCUGCUAAUAGUUUAGAUUUGCCUGAUGCCCUGUAUGUCAUUCGCAAUUAUUCAAAAUUUAGUGUCUGCCAACUAGGGGAAGAACUUUUUAUGUCAUUUCUAUAUUUAAAAAGAAGCUAUUUAAUAGUUGCAAGAGAAUUUGUUCAAUUUUGGGUCAUCUUUUGGCAGAGGAGAUGCUCUAGGUUAUGUAUUAAGUGAUGGUCAUGGAAGGGUAUCUUUGCAAAAGUUCUCUUUCCGUGGAAGAACUCUGUUUCGGUAGAAGUGUGUGUUCUUGCUCGUGUGGGAUGAGAUGUGUCACUGGUAAGUAAAAGAUCUUCAAUUUUUUGGCUGAGAAAAGUAUCUCCAAUCUUAGCAUCACUUCUAAGCAAGUUUGGACCAAGCUUAGAGAAUGGUUGCUCUUAGUGGCACACCUGUUUGCAUUCAAGCCCGUUAUCUUCCCGUUGCGGAACAUUGGUGCACUGAUAAUGUGAAAUUCUUUGAGCUGGUGUUGUUUCAAUUUAUUUAGAAAGGAACAUUGCGCAAUCUGAUUACUGAACUUUAAUACCAAGAAAGUAUUGCAGCGAGACCAAUCAUUUCUUAUC